AUGUCAGGGAAAUAUGUGUGCCGAGCUAGCAACACUGCCGGCUCUGACACUUGCUCUAUCAACCUGGAGGUCUUCACCUGUAAGUAUAGCAAAGUAACACACACAAUCUCAUAUUAGUAUAUACAGACUGCUCUUGUUUCCUUUUUGAAGCCUCUCUGUGUGUCCUCUUCCACAGCCUCUAAUGCUGGAGCGAUUGCUGCUGCUACUCUGGGGUCCAUCGUGGGACUGUUAGCCAUCAUACUCGUCCUCAUCUUCAUGCUGAGGAGGAGAGACCACGAAGAGGAGGAGAUAGCCAAUGAUAUCAAGUGAGGUUUUGUCUGUGUUUGUGUGUGUUAUUGUAAAAUCAGGUGCAGUUGUUAAACACCACGGGAUGUACAACUACUAGCACUCUACCAUGGACGAUGCAGGUGUUCUAAUUCAAUUUCUGCAGGUUGGUGGUUGGAGGAUGUGUGUAGCAUGUGAUAUGAUCUUGGUUGGUGUUUUCUCAUUGGCUGUCUGUCUAUCCAUCACAGGGAGGAUGCCCAGGCACCCAAGCGUGUUUCCUGGGCAAAGAGUGGCACAGGCUCAGAUAUCAUCUCCAAAAAUGGCACGCUGUCGUCCAUAGCCACGAGCCCCCAUCUGCGAGACCCCCAGCAGCCCAACAACUUCCCCUACCCCACUGCCCCGGUCUGUGACACAGGCUCUGUGCUCAACGCCUACCGCCUUCGGCCUGGAGAGCCCAACCCCCUGCAGGGCCUCCCAGGGUACAUCAGUGGUACACCUCCACCCGGGCACACCAGACCCCUCUGUGUUACUAACAACAUUGAUGCCACCUCUCCACACGGGCACAGUCGACCCCCCAGUUCUAACCACAUCAGUGGGACUCCACACCCUGGCCACACCCGGCCCCUCAGCACUAGGAUCAUUGUUGACACCUCCCCCCAGGAGCACAGUCGACCCCCAAGUUCUAACAAUAUCGUUGCCCCCUCUCCACAUGGGCACAGCAGACCACCAAGCUCGAACCACAUCAGUGGUAGCGCUCCACACAGGCACAGCCGACCCCCCAGUUCCAACCACAGCCGACCCCCCAGCAUCAGUAGCAUGCCUCACUAUGGACACAGCAGAUCCUCCAGUUCCAACGGUGCCCCACCCCAUUCCCCACCUGGCCACAUGGUCACAGACCCCGACAAGACUGAGGGGGCCCAGCCCCAGGUACCACGCCCUCUCACCUCGCCCAUCAGCUCCGCCACCCUGGCCCGUAUGGGUGCUGUGCCCGUCAUGGUGCCCGCUCAGAGCCAGGCUGGAUCACUGGUAUAG